AUGAAACUAUCCUCGGAGGCUCCACCAGGGGAGAUGAAUCACAUACGCGCAACAAUCAACGGAAAAGUGUUCUCCCAUGAUGACAUGAGUCAUCAUCACCUUAAUAACAACAACGGUAACAAUAACUUCAAUGGAAGUAGUAACCACUCUGUGUCUUCAACUGAUCAAGAUAACAACGAAUGCACAGUGCGAGAACAAGAUCGCUUUAUGCCCAUUGCUAAUGUCAUACGCAUCAUGCGCAAGAUUCUUCCACCACAUGCCAAAAUUUCUGAUGAUGCUAAGGAAACAAUCCAGGAGUGUGUGUCCGAGUACAUUAGCUUUAUAACAGGAGAAGCAAAUGAGAGGUGCCAAAGGGAGCAGCGUAAAACAAUAACAGCAGAAGAUGUACUAUGGGCCAUGAGCAAGCUUGGAUUCGACGACUACAUUGAGCCACUCACCCUUUACCUGCAUCGUUACAGGGAGCUGGAGGGGGAACGUGGCUCUAUCCGCACUUGUGAGCCGCUCCUCAAGCUUAGUAGAGUAGCCAUGGAUCAGUACGCCGCAUUUGGGCCAGUAUUUCACAUUGGACCUCCACCUUCACACCAUCAUCAUGGCUAUUUUGGGGGGUCUUCUUCCAUGAAUGGAUACUUAAAAGAUGCUUCGGUAGCAACUGCUUCUGACGCUGUUGGUGCUCCCGCUGUUGCUGCUGCUGGUGGCCCUGCUAAUUCUAUUACCAGUUUUGAGCCUUAUAGUCACCACCACAAAUAAUAAUCUGUUAACUCCAUAUGUUGUAGUCACUUAGCUUGCAAUGCUAACAGUUAACGAUGUGACUUUCUUAAUUACACUUGUUUAAUUUCCCUUUAACUUGUUAUUUUAUCUCCCUCUCAUUUGCUAAAACCAACUUCGUACUAGUUAGAUGUUAGUACAAAGUAUAUAAUAACAGCAAUUAUAAAAAUCCAAAAUCUUCUAACCCAUUAUCUCAAUUUGUUUCAAGUUACAUAAAUAAAUUUACUUGUUAUGUAUUGCAUAUAGUUUGUUUUUGUUUAGUUCAUUUGAAUUACGUGACGAAAAGUCCAAUACAAAUUACAAAGCAUAUGUUGAUAAGGAUAGCAGUUCCAACAAAUAGCGCAACAAACCACCAUUAAAUCUCACUUCUUCCUUUCGUAUAAAUUCAGUUGAUCUCCCUUCCGUCGCUCCCUCCUCCAGGCAUUUUGACAAACCACAUCCCUUCAAACACCCAUUAAAUCUCACUUCUUCCUUUGUAGCGCAACAAACCA